AUGUCCAAACACGAUGAUUCAGGCUCCGAAAGGGAUGCCUUAAUCAGGGAAGACGAAGUAGUGGAUGCGAUGGGCAUGGUACACGAUGACUCUUCGCAGCCGCAAAGUCACUUGGCAGAUUACGUUGUUGACCAUACCAUUCAUAAACACCAAAGGCGCAAGAAAUCACUUGCACGGCGGUAUAGCAUGGGACCUAAUCGUCCAUCAACCGCUCGCACACAGUCGGCUUCCUCAAGUGGGUCUCCUAGUCAAACUACUAGGCCCAGUUUUGCAGAAAAAUGGGUAAAAAGACACUCCGUAGCAAGCAUCCCCCCACCCCAGUUCCACCACGAAAGACAGAACUAUGGAUCAGUUGCCGGUAUUGACGCUAACGGCAGUGCUAGGAUUGAUCUGGAUUUACUGAACACUAGAAAGGAGUCGCACAACUCAAUAUUUGAAGAAAGUGAUGAGCCAUUUGAGUUCAGUGAUUCUAAUCCUUCCUCUCGAAGAUCUUCUACUGGAUCAUCUUUGAAUGACGUUUGCUUCCCGGUAGAAGCUUUGGAUGAGCAAGGUCAGCAAAAAGUUUGGCCGGAUAUCCAGGUGUUGGAAGACUUUGCCAAAGAGGAGUCACUAACUGAUAUAAACGCAAACGAGGAACAGAGUUUCAAGGCUCCUGAUAAUACUGAUGUUGGAUUUCAAUAUCCUAUAGUUACAUCGAUCGAUACGGGUGCUGUACCUUCCCCGCAACUGCUUCGAAGAUUGGGAUCGUCUCGUGUUGAUGAAACGGAACCUAUCAAUGGAAGGCUGAGACCCCCCAAAGUGAAUCCCUGGAAACAACGCAAGUCAAGUACCUCUCUACAAAAUUUUCCCCAUAAAGACUCUCGGGUUCUAUUUGAACAAUACAGAUUCACGUACUUUCGGGAAGAUUUGGAAUCAACAGUCCAUUCUUUAUCGAUCUCUGGUUUGGUUCAGGAGGAGAACAUGUCUUUUGAUGGCUUAUUCAAUUCUGCAACUUAUAUGAAGAAAUUUCGGGCCGCUAAUUCCAAGCCACCAUCAGUGAAUAACCUCAAUAUCUCAAAGUCUGCGACUCCAAUCCCAAAUAGUGAUUCUGGUGCCGAUGCAGAUACCGAUAGCAGAAUCAUUCCCUUCUGGCUGGAUGUUCUUAAUCCGACCGAAGAGGAAAUGAAGGUGAUUUCCAAAGCAUUCGGUAUUCAUCCUCUAACAACAGAAGACAUAUUUCUUGGUGAAACAAGAGAGAAGGUUGAAUUAUUCAAAGAGUAUUAUUUUGUCUGUUUUAGAUCCUUUGACAUUGUUCAGGAACGUUAUAAGAGGCGUAAAGCAGCUGCAAACUCCAAGAUUUCCCGUCCUAGAAGUUAUAAUGAAGUUAGUGAAGAGAACACGGGCGUCGCUGGAGUAAUCAAUAGACUAUUUCACAAGAAUCAUGGCUACGUGGAAUUGGCGGACAACAGAUCAAUUGUUUCUGAGAGUACGAGUUCAUUAUCAUCUACCAAUACCAAUAUCAGUUACAGAACCAAAAAGAUAAAAGAACGUAAAAACAAACAAAAAGGAGGUUACCGACAUAAACCCAAAGAAGGAGAACUCGAACCACUAAACAUGUAUAUCUGUGUUUUCAAAGAUGCAGUAAUUAGCUUCCAUUUUGCAGCUACCCCACACCCUGUCAACGUCAGAAGACGAGCCCGUUUAUUGAGAGAUUACCUGACCGUAACAUCAGAUUGGAUUAGUUACGCCUUGAUCGAUGACAUCACCGAUGCCUUCGCUCCAAUGAUUGAGAGCAUUGAGGAUGAGGUCAAUGAGAUAGAAGAUGCUAUUCUUUCGCUGCAUUCCUUGAUCAAUGACAGUUCUUCCUCGGACGAAGAUGAUUCUGAUCUUGAAAACCUCACCUCCAGAUCAGAGACAAAGACUUUAUCUUCAAAGCUGUCAGGUUCUUCUAACUCUACUAGCUCUAAUAUAGUGGGGUGGAAGCGCAAGGGUGAUAUGUUGCGGAGAAUUGGAGAGUGUCGUAAAAGAGUCAUGUCACUGCUGCGACUUUUGGGAAGUAAAGCCGAUGUAAUCAAGGGGUUUGCUAAGAGAUGCAACGAGAAGUGGGAUGUUGCUCCCAGAUCCGAAAUUGGAAUGUACUUAGGAGAUAUCCAAGAUCAUAUUGUUACUAUGGUCCAAGCUUUGAAUCACUACGAGAAGUUACUAGCAAGAUCACACUCGAACUACUUGGCUCAAAUCAACAUCGAUAUGACCAAAGUGAACAAUGACAUGAACGAUGUGUUGGGAAAAAUUACCAUCCUAGGUACUGUUGUCCUUCCAAUGAAUAUAGUUACUGGUUUGUGGGGAAUGAAUUGUAUUGUUCCCGGUCAGGAUUAUGAUGGACUUGCAUGGUUUUGGGGAAUUACGUUGGGAAUGUUUUCAUUUGCCACGUGCUUAUAUCUCUAUGCUAAGAGGGCUACAGGUAUAUAG